AUGUGGGCAACUGCAACUGGAAAAAGACCGGACCAUGGUUCAGUCCAGUUCAGUCCUAUACUGGACCUGCGAACACUACCCUUAUCCAUGGAAACCUGUACCUGCAGCCAUGUGUCGGAGUUUUCUAAGUUCAGUCACAAUUGGUCACAAUUUGUUGUGCGCGUCACAAUUUGGAUUGCCGUCAUAAGGUUUAUUGGUAUUGUAGUGUUCCUAGUAGUUUGUAUAACUGCUAGACAAGCCCUUCGGUUCAACUUGACAGAAUGGCCACUGGUUCCCACCAGUCCCAAUGUGUCGCCACAGGCCCACCACGAUUUCUUCCCUUUCCCCCUCGCCAAGAGGCCCCACUUCAUCGUCAGGCCUUUCCUCGCUCAAUCCCAGUCCUUUGACCACCACAUCCGCGCUUCUCCCUCAACUAUUCUUUGGAUCGGACCGAAGUUGAGCUCGAUCUGCAACAGAUCCGUACCGACAUACCAAGAGGACCGAAUCGGUGCUGCCCGCGGAAUCGAGAGCAUUGAGGGAAACCGAUACCCUGACGUGGGUGGAUGCUGCGGGUUUCGGUUUUUAUCGGAGCAGGCCCCAAAAUGUGCUUACUCACUGUACUGCACUGCCGCUGCAGCAGGCACUCCCACCGCCAUCUCCGUUGCAGCUGUCACUGUUGCUGAUCCCUUCGCAGGUGCCCGUGCCUUCCUCCCCUUCUUAGUUGAAGUGGCUGGCUUGGCCUGGGGUGCUGGUGCUUGGGGUGAGGGUGAGCCUGGUGAAUGCUUCCUCGAGGCCGCUGCUGUCGUCGUUGUUGAUCAGCGCCACUGUGUUAUUAAUUUGAGUAACGCCUUGUGGUACGGUGUGCCUGCCUUCGCCUGGAUAAACUUGCAUACGAAUUGA